AUGUUGUUCACUGUCUCUCGCAUUGCACGCCCUACUGCUGCUCCCGUCAGCAAGGCUGUUCAAGCCCGUAAUAUGGCUACCUUGAAAGAAAUUCAACAACGUUUGAAGUCUGUCCAAAACAUCGAAAAGAUUACCAAGUCUAUGAAGAUGAUUGCUUCCACCAAGGUCAACAAGGCUCAACGUGGUAUGGAAGCCGCCCGUGUUUUCGGUCAAGCUUCCAACUCUCUCUUUGCCAAUGCUGAGACCAAGGUUGCUGAUGAUGGCAAGAUUCUCAUCGUCGCCUCUUCAUCUGAUCGUGGUCUUUGUGGCGGUAUUCACUCCAGCGUCUCCAAGGCCACUCGCAGGGUCGCUGCUGAACACCCCACCUCCGAUCUCGUUGUUCUCGGUGACAAGCCCAAGGCUCAAUUGAGUCGUGUUGCCCGUAAGCAAAUUGCCAUUACGUUCAACCAAAUCGGUAAGGAUGUUCCUACUUUCCAAGAGGCUGCUUCCAUUGUUGAUAUUAUCAAGUCUUCUGAGCUCGAGUUCGAUUCCGCCAACAUUGUCUACAACAAGUUCCACUCUGUUGUCUCUUACGAAGCUGAAACCAUCCCCGUCUACUCUGAAGCCACCUUCAAGGCUUCUCCCAACUUUGCUGUUUAUGAAAUCGAGGAUGAUGUUCUUGCUAACCUCCAAGAAUUCUCUUUUGCUAACGGUCUCUACUGGGCCAUGGCUGAAGGCCAUGCUGCUGAAAUGUGUGCCAAGCGUGCUGCUAUGGAGAACGCUACCAAGAACGCUGGUGAGAUGAUCCAAAAGUUGACCAUGACUUUCAACCGUGGUCGUCAAGCCGUUAUUACCAACGAAUUGAUUGAUAUUAUUACUGGUGCUUCUGCUCUUUAA